AUUGAAAUGGGACAGAACCAAAGUAGGGUUGGGGAGCAACAAGGGACACUAGAGGAAAAGGAACCCAGCCCAGACCCAGGGGGUAACAAGAAGGAAGGAAACACAAGCGAGGUGACCUGCAGUGAGGUGGAGGAUGGAGUGGGACUGGUUAGGGAAAGGCUGGAUGUGAGCCCAGGCACACAGCCAGCAUCACCUACUCUGAAGCUGGAUACUCACUCUCACAAAAAAGGGGCCCCUCCUAUAGACUGGGAAUGGAUACAGGGAGGGGAUGGAGAAAGAGAGGGAGGAAGAGAAAGAGGAGAGGGAGAGGGAGGCAGGACUGAAUUUCGAGGUUUGCAGAAGCUGAGCAAUAUUCGAGUCACUAAGAGAGGCACGUUGAGCACUGAAGUGGCCGGCUCUUCCAAACCAGAUUGCAUAGCUGUGGCAGAAAGGAGCAACAGGAUGGACCUGGAGAACUCACUGAAUGAAAGUCAUGAACGGAAGGCAAUUCAUGAGGACAACAUCCAGGACCUGGCAUGGGACUCAUCUAGCAGAGUGGAGAAUGAUCAUUUUCAACAAUCCGAAUCACCAGUUACUGAGGAGAAGAGUGUCAUUUCGGUGGUUACUGGCAGCCGCAAGGAACAAGAUGGAAGCGUGACUGCUCCUGAAGUUGAGGCCUUAAUUAUCACAGAGGAUUUACAUGAUGAUAUUUUUCCAUUUGAGGCACCAACCAGAGUCAUGGAGAAGAACGAUCUAGAUACACUGAAUGAUCUGUUACAAAAGAAUCUACCCGGAGAAAAUCCACUAUUGCAAGACAGACCUACUGUCUUUCUAAAGUCAUGUGAACUAAGUGAAGGAAGAUCAUCACUUUCUACUUUGCCUAGAGACAAACUGCCAUUACAAUGCCAGGAGAAGGUCAUUUCUAGUGAACCAGGUAAUUUAGGAGUACAGGAGCAUGCAGCAACUCUUGCCACCUUUGACCAGCUGGAUAGAUCUGAGUUUAAAACAACAGAGAUGUUAUUACAGAACAGUGGAGAUGUCUGUGAUUUCACCACCACAGAGGAGAGUAAAAUCAGGGAUAACUUUGAAAAAAUAAAACAACACCAGGCUGCAGUUAGUAAUAUAGAGAGUAGUGAUACAGCAGAGAAGAGCACAACUAACCCAGAUUCCUCCGUAAUGGCAUCUUUGGGCCAUGCAAUUUACAAAGGACUAACCAUGUCAGGGUUUGAAGAGCUACAGGAAGAGGAGAAACACUUGUCUACGUCAGACUUGGAGAAACGGAUGAAUAACGCAGAUAGAAAAACUAACAUCUCAUGUGAUGCAGGAGGAGUGUAUAAGGAUACUGAAAAGUUCCCUCUUGAACAAGAAAAUAGAGUUGAUUAUUAUCCCCCAAUAGAAACAGCCAACACGCAAACUGAGAAAAUUCCUGAGCAUUUUUUGGCAGUGGUAACUGGACAGUCUGAGAUGCUGUCAUUUCCUGACAUGGCAGUGGGUGAAAUGGAUCUCCAUUCGGCCUUGAAUGCAGCCCUGGAAUCUAAAGAUGCUCUUGUUAAGGAGAGAGAAAUGAGAAAUCGAGACAUGUUUUUGGUUGAACCUGGAGCAUCAGAGAGUGACUGGGACAAACUUUCUGGAAAAAUUAUGUUUGCCAACCAAGACAGCGGUUUAGGAAACACUAUGGCAACAGUGAAACUUUUGGGCGAGCGAUCAACUGUAAAGUUAGAGAAAAAGAGAGACAAAUCCUUUGGUCAGAUGACCUCAGUGAGGGACAGAGAUAACCAGAGUGCUGACAAAAACCUUACUUCAGUUACAGAUAUCCAUCAGGAAGUAUCUGGAUUCAUUUCUAACUCCAAGCUCAUCUCUGUCUCAGAGAGCACUGCAGGUCAUGAAGAGGGCAGACACCUGCUGUCACAUGUAGAACCAAAGCCUUGUGCACCUUUGCCUGAACUUUUAAAAUCUAUGGACAGACAUGAACUAAAGAAUACGUCAAAGCUUUGCAUUGAAGACCCUGUAAAAGCAUUCACUAGUCCUGUCAAGGAUGGAUGUGUGAGUUCGGUACAGCAGAACCCUGGGACAGAUAAUGCCACCAGUCUUCUAGAUGUACAAAAUUCCCUGCAAGUCAGUACACAAUACAAUACAGGCCAAAACAAUCUUACACCGCAAUCCAUUGGACAGUCUUGCACUUCCGACUGUGACAAUACUAUGUCAAGACAAACUGAUCAGUGCAUUGCAACAAGGAAUGAACAGACUCCUGUAUCUGCUCAGGGUGGCGUCCCAGCCAGGGAAAAAGCAGAAAACAUGCCAAAAGGCAAGCCUGUGUCUGACCUGAUAAAAGAAACUGUCCAAUUGCAUGAGAAGAAGAAGGAGUGGACCAAACCUGCAGAGGUGAAAGCUGAUGUGGUUUUGGACUCUGCACAGUCUGUCAAAGUGGCCCAGAUAAAGGCAGCAUUCGACUCACCAAAAAAAUCACUGGAUAAAGGUCUGGAAAGAAAACCCUCAGUGAAGAAAGAUAUGAAACGGGUGGUGCGGUUUAGUAAGUUCCGGCACGUGUUCGGCCAGGCGGUGAAGAACGACCAGUGCUACGAUGACAUCAGGGUGUCCCGGGUGACGUGGGACAGCGCUUUUUGUGCAGUCAAUCCCAAAUUUGUCGCCGUCAUCGUGGAGGCCAGCGGUGGUGGAGCGUUCAUGGUUCUGCCUCUUCACAAGUCGGGUCGUAUAGAUAAGUCUCACCCGACGGUAUGUGGACACACGGGGCCAGUGUUGGACAUCGACUGGUGUCCUCACAACGAUCAGGUGAUCGCCAGUGGCUCAGAGGACUGCACCGUCAUGGUGUGGCAGAUCCCCGAGAAUGGCUUGGUGACCUCCAUGUCUGAGCCUGUGGUGGUGCUGGAGGGCCACUCCAAACGGGUGGGCAUCAUCACCUGGCACCCGACGGCCCGCAACGUUCUGCUCAGUGCUGGUUGUGAUAACAUGAUCAUUAUCUGGAACGUGGGCACGGGCGAGGCGCUCAUCACGUUGGAGGACAUACACCCAGAUGUCAUCUACAGCGCUUGCUGGAACCGCAACGGCAGCCUCAUCUGCACGGCCUGCAAGGACAAGAAAGUGCGCGUCAUUGACCCACGCAAGGGGGAGAUUGUUGCGGAGAAGGAUAAGGCUCACGAGGGUGCGAGGCCCAUGAGAGCCAUCUUCCUGUCUGAUGGGAAGGUCUUCACCACUGGCUUCAGCCGCAUGAGUGAAAGGCAGCUCGCACUCUGGAACCCGCAAAACAUGGAGGACCCGAUUACAGUCCACGAGUUGGACACGAGCAACGGAGUCCUUCUGCCUUUCUAUGACCCUGACACCAAUGUGGUGUACCUGUGUGGAAAGGGUGACAGCAGCAUCCGUUACUUUGAGAUCACUAACGAGGCGCCGUACGUGCAUUACCUCAACACAUUUUCCAGCAAGGAGCCGCAGAGGGGCAUGGGAUACAUGCCCAAGAGAGGCCUGGACGUCAACAAGUGUGAGAUCUCCAGGUUUUACAAGCUGCAUGAGAGGAAGUGUGAGCCCAUUAUUAUGACAGUGCCAAGAAAGUCGGACCUGUUCCAGGAUGAUCUGUAUCCGGACACGGCAGGACCCGACUGUGCCAUCGAGGCCGAGGACUGGUUUGAGGGCAAAAACGGCGAGCCUAUCCUGAUCUCGCUCAAGGACGGCUACAUCCCAGCCAAGAAUCGCGACCUCAAGGUGGUCAAGAAGAACAUUCUGGACAACAAGCCCAAGCCCAGCAAGAAUGCAGAGAUCAACGCCACUGCUCCUGUCACCAAAACGGCUUGCGCGGCCCCGAGUGCCAAAAGCGACCCGAAAUUGGACGAGGUCCUAAAAGAGAUCAAAUUCCUCCGAGAGCUGGUGAGCUGUCAGGAAAAGCGAAUCGCCAAGCUCGAGGAGCAGUUGUCCCAGAUGGACGUCUGAAGGACCCAGUCCCCUGUCCCCAACCCCACCCCUCCCCAGCUACUGUUCAGGAAAUUCUAUUGGCCAGGUGGGCGGGACUAGUCACUGCCAGUCACUGCGACUUCUUUCCGCCUGAGACCUGCCCAACAUUCCAAGACGAACUCUUUUCCUUUUUUUUUUCCCCCAUUGUUUCAUUCUUCUUCAUUCUUCUUCCUUUUUUUUCCUAACCCCUUGAACCAGGUACAUUUGCAAAAUGACAGCAGGAAAGAGACAAAGCAUAGGUCUCUCUCAAAAGCCAAGAUUUUUUUUUUUUUUUUUUAACCUUGUUCAGAAAGUGACACUUGUGUUUUAUUUAGUGUUUUUUGAAAGGUGUUCAUUUCUUAUAGUCCAUAAAAAGAAAUUGUGACCAAUAUUCCAAUGUGAAGCAUUCACUGUACUUGUGUAUGCUCAAAUAUUGAAAUCAGUAUUGCAUUCCUCACCAUCCCUUCUUCUUUGUUGCCAAAUUUUUAGAGGAAGCUCAUAUACGGGCCUUCUUGACAGUAUUUGACCAUAGAUUUUUUUUUUUUUUUCUUUUCUUUCUUAAAUACACUUAGUCCACUUUGUACUAAAAAGGGACAUUGCAAUAGGCCGGUAACGCAAGUGAGGGGAUUUAUUUGAUUUAUCCGACCCUUUAAAAGGUCUCUAUACAAGAAAUAUUCCUGUUUUGACGCUGAUUUUAACCAAGCAGUCUGGAUGUACAGAUUGACAGAGGAAAGCAACAUCCACAUACUGACACGGUUUUAUAUUUAGCUUGAUCUCUAAUCUAAUGUUUAAACAUGAACAUUUAGAGCUUUUUUUUUUUGCUUGGAAAUGGUUUGUAUAGUGGUGUAACUUUUCAGCAUUAUCCAUGAACAUUGAACACAGGGUCUCAUUCGAAUUUUUCUCAGCAUUCCAAACUUUUUCCUUUCCCCCCUAGAAUCAGUAUCCUAUCCUUAUCUUAAAUGCAUGCAAUAAAGUUUUUUUUCCCCCCCUAAUUUCUGAACACAUUCCUGGAUUCCCCCCAUCCCCCGUCUCGUUUUUGUGUCUUUGAGUCUCAUAAGGAACAAUUUAGAGGAAAUACCACGUCGUUGGCGUUCCACUUGAUCGUCCAUGUUUAAAAAAUUCAGCAGCGCUUUUUUUCCCUCCUCUUUUUCUCCCCAGACAUUUAUGAUUCAGUAUUUACAUUUUACAUCAAACCAGCUCUAUCUGUUAUUCAGACAGGUCCUCGUUCUGGCUCAUGCUGAAGUGAUAUUUAAACAAACUAACACCAAGAGCCAUGUUAGCCAUGUUAGCUUUGUUCAUCAAGCCACCCUUUUCUUCCUUUUUUUUUCCUGAUCAAAGUAUUAACAUUUAUUACUCCGAAAUGAACCUCAUAAGACUAUGAAACGUCUCAGACCUUUAGUUCCUCAACGUGUUUCAGCAAAUCUUGAUCUCAGCGGGGAUCUAAACUGAUGCCUUUGCCCUACUCUUUUACACUUCCUGUUUCCGUUGUGCAGGAAGUAGUGACUGCCCUGCUCUCUUAGCCAUGCAAAACCGACUCUUGCUAAGGGUGUAGCUAAAGUUUGUCUAGACUGCGUCCUAUACUAUAAAUGAAACGUAAACUCUGACUCAGAUUAAGACACACUUAAUGGGUGAGGCUCUCCCAGGUCAGGGGAAUAAAACAGUGCUUUCACACUUGGCUUCCCCCCCCCCUCAGAAAAAGUGCAUAUCUUGCAAUACACUAGAACUACUAUACUCUAACAGUCCUAGCUAACUAAUCAACUAUCCUGUGCUAGAUUUGAGUUGUUCAUAUUAUUGGUAAUAAAUGUAAAUGAAAUAAAGACGAUCAGGAGGCUGUUUGCCUUUUAAGAGAAAAACAGAAGCUGAGACGAACAGAGCUUAUGCGACUCGAAUCCCUGUAGCUACAGUUAAAGAGAGACGUCAGAUCUCUCCCAAAAGCUUUUAUUGUUUGUUAUAUUGGAAUAUUGCAGAUGAAAUUUUCCCUUCAUAACAUCCUAACAACUAACUUUUCACUAACUUGUGACCUGAUUGCUUAAGAAGUCUUUAGAAGCUUACAACAAAUCCUGACAGUUGAGGGGGGGGGGUAAAGCUUGCUAACCCCAGCAAGUGUGCAAACACUGUAAGGAAGCUUCUGUUGUAAUUCGUGUAAUUACCUGUACGGCCCCCCACUCCCUUUUUUCCUUUUUUUUUCCUCUUUCGGUGCUUCCUUCAGGAACUGAGAGGUGUUCGCAGGUGUCUUACAUCCUCUUUAUUGUUGCUCAAACCACCUACAAGAAAUGUACAGUACCUAAUGUCUGUUCAUCCUCUCACAGUUUUAGUUAAGAUUUUAGAAGGGAUUUUGUUGAGUCGAGAGCUUUAUUUACAUGUGCUAAUGGGGGUGAGGUUCAGGAAGAAUAGAUGUGCCAUUUUUUUUUUUUUUUGAUACGCUAGCUAGUGUUUUUGUUGUUUUAGAGGAUGGAGGAUUCAUGCAUGAAAGAAUGAAAAGAUUUACUGUUUAAAUUACGUCUGAAUGGGUAGAAUGACGUUGGAGGGCAAGCAUGGUAGGGUUUCAGCCUGAUUUAGUGUUUGUAGCAGUUACGUAUAGAAAUUUUGAACGCUUUUUAUACCAUUUGAUUUCUCAAAACUGAUUGGUCAGUAGGUGAAACUAAGUAUCAUUUGUCAUUCAUUAAUUAGUAAGAAGUGUGCGUUGCCAAAUUGCUUUAUGGUCCUAACAGUAAAGUCGAUCCACUUCACACACACACACGUCACUGUGGUUAAUUUAUUGCAUAAUUAUAUUAACUGUAUUCCUCCAAAACCAUUCCAUAAAGCAGUGGUGAGAAGUUUUCAGGUUUGUAGUCAAACAAUGAAAAGAAACACUGAUCCUCGAUCACAUUAUUCUUAAAGAUGUAUUAGCAUCACUGCUUCGUUAACUUGUAGUGUGUUUGUGUCAAUCAGAGUAAUUGGAUUUUUGUGAUUAAAUGUACCAAUAGGACACCUUGUUGGUUGGAUCCCACCGGUUUAAUUGCUAGUUCAAGUGAAAUCAAACUUAUUAGUGUUUUUUUCACUGAUCCCAUGUUUUUUUUUUUGUUUUGUUUCUUUCUACAAUUGUGAUUUAAGGUCGUAAUGGUUGCUUUUCCUCCAAGGUUAUGGAGUGUUUCGGCGUGUUUUGUGAUGUGUUGUAACAGAGUAUGUGACGAACCUGAAGGAUUUUGGUAAAGUCGACAAGAAAGCUCGAACUAGAAAGCUUGACGGAUGUGAUUUCAUGAAAUUGCUCUGUAAAUAUCUCCACUUUUCAUUCCAAUGCUGCCUCUGUCAAACUGCAUAAGAAACUGAAGCCAUAGUUUCCAAAGUCUCCCUGUUCACUUUUAAUGGAACAUAAAGUGAAUAAACCCAAUAAAAUCUGAUGAAAAAAA